AUGAAUACGGAAUGGGAAGAGGAGGAAGACGACCCAACUUACAAGGAAGAAUCCACAGUGUUUAGCAGACUUCCUCCGGAGCACGAAGCAUACAAACCAACCAAGCGCGCAGGGUAUAACCCCAAAGCAGAGCAUGAUUAUACCUUGAGCUAUCGUCCUGAGGACAUGGCUGAAAAUUCAAAAUUCAUUCGAGAAAUCGCGUGUGCGGCCAUCGACAACACGAAAUUACCACACAACGUGGGUAAAUACAACGGGUUGACGGACCCAGACGAUCACCUCCAGGUGUUUAAAGGCGCAGGAGCAACAGGCGGAUGGAACUUACCAACAUGGUGCCACCUGUUUGCUCAGACAUUCGUUGGCGCGGCGCGCAUUUGGUUCGACAACUUACCGGCUGGCAAAAUUAAAUCAUGGGUUGAUUUCCGAGAGAAGUUCCUAGCACACUUCUCUCAGCAGCGAAGACAAGCAAGAGAUCCAGGUGAUUGUUUGAACAUAUGGAGAAAAGACUAUGAAAGCGUAGAAGAUUUCAUUACAAGGUACAACAAAGAAUGUUUAGAGAUCGGAGACAUACCAGAAAAAAUGAUGCGCGCACACUUCAUGCGAGCGGUCAAGUGUGACGACCUGGUUAAAAGAAUCAAAGGGCGAGAUGGAGGACCCAAAGACUGGGAAACCUUCAUCGAAGCAGCCAAGACUAUCGCGCAGACAGACAGGCAACUGACCGGUGAUGAUCACCAUACGGGCCAUUUAACCGAUGAUUGCUUUAGCCUAAAGCAAGAAAUCAAAAGAGCUCUAAGAGACGGAAAGCUCGCCCACCUAGUCAAAGGUGGAAAGCGCGAUUACCGCCAGAUACAAAGAAGAGACGAAGGGCCAGACAACAAGAAGCUCAGAAAGUUAGAAACUCACAUGGUGCAAGGAGGUCCAAGGAGACCAAGAAAACAUUACAACAAGCGCGCGCAAGAUGAUUCAUGGCGCGAGAAACAAGUGGUUUUCCCAGUUGUCAGAGGGGGUCCAAGAGAAAAGCGGCCAAUAGUCAUUCCAGGGGUGAUCGGUCACUACCAGACAGAUUACAUCUUCAUUGACCCCGGGAGCACUGCGGACAUCAUAUAUGAACAAUGCUUCAAUCAAUUUGAUCAAGAGGACAAGGCGCGCCUAGAGCCAGUCGAUUAUCCACUAACUGGGUUCUGCAACGAGGCCGUCUUUCCCCUAGGACAAAUAUCUUUUCCAGUGUUGCUUUCAGACGGGAGAAAUUCAAGAACUGAAGAAGUCACAUUCAUGGUAUUGCCAGCGCACUCAAGGCAUGACAUCCUCCUGGGAAGAGAAUCCCAAGGAGAUUUCAGCAUGAUCUGCUCUGCACCACAUUCCGCUGUUGGUUUCCCCACCGAAACAGGCAUUGCGCUGAUAUAUGCCAGCAAGGAAGUUUUAGCAACAGACGAAAUCAGACCAGCCAAAGCAAGCAAGCUAGCACCACGCAUAGAGGCAGAAAAAUGGGUAUUAAACAGCGCAUACCCAGAACAAACGGUCACUCUGGGGCCCGCCAUGUCCGACCUAACGCGCGCGGCGCUCAAGAAAUUACUGCAUGAAAACAUGGACGUGUUCGCCUGGACACCGGCUGGUAUGGUGGGUGUUCCACGGCAUAUAGCAGAACACCGUCUAAACAUCUCCGAAGAUGCAAAGCCAGUGGUGCACGCCAAACGCCACCUAGGCGACAUCAAACACGAUGCCAUGAAAGAACAAGUGCUAGAGUUGCUAAACGCAGGAAUCAUCAGGGAAGUCCGGUACCAAACAUGGGUAGCAAGCCCAGUAAUGGUAAAGAAACCGAAUGGUAGUUGGAGAAUGUGUGUUGACUACAAGGAUCUGAACAAAGCAUGUCCCCGUGACUGCUACGCUUUACCAGACAUAGACGAGAAAAUAGAUUCUUUGGCAACGUUUCGGUGGAAAUGUUUUCUGGAUUGCUACAAAGGGUACCACCAGGUCCAGAUGGCUGUUCAAGACGAAGAUAAAACCGCAUUCCGCACACCAACGGGGCUCUAUUGUUACACCAAGAUGCCGUUCGGCUUAAAGAAUGCGGGCGCAACAUACCAAAGGUUGAUGAACGAAACAUUUAGUGACGCCAUUGGUAAGUACAUAGAAGUGUACAUGGAUGAUCUGGUAAUCAUGAGCAAGGAAGAGAGCGCGAUGCUGGCAAAUAUCCAAAAGACCUUCAACACGCUGCGCAGCGUAAGUAUCAAACUGAACCCAGCAAAGUGCUCAUUCGGAAUGGAAGAAGGGAAGUUCUUGGGCUUUAUAGUCACAAAAGACGGCUUCAAGGUAAAUCCAGAGAAGGUCCAGGCCAUAGAAAGAAUGCCUUCACCGUCAAACAUCAAAGACAUGCAGAAGCUAGCAGGACGAUUAGCAGCACUCAAUCGUUUUCUAGCUAACCACGCUGCAAAAUCCUUCCCAUUCAUCAAGACCUUGCGCAACUGCAUGAAGAAAAGCCAGUUCCAAUGGACUCCGGAAGCAGAAGCUUCCGAUAGGGCAGUCGGGGCCGUACUGCUCGUUGAUCGACAAGGUGUCCAAACACCUGUAUAUUACGUAUCUCGAACCUUGACCGACCCAGAAACCAGAUACGCAAUCAUGGAGAAGCUUGUCCUUGCACUGAUUCACGCGUCAAGAAGGCUGCGCAGAUAUUUCGCUAAUCACGUCAUCCACGUGCUAACAAACUACAAUAUCGGAAAUAUCCUAGCAAGGCCAGAAAUAUCGGGAAGAUUGGCCAAAUGGGCAAUAGAGCUGGGGGGACACAAUGUGGUUUUUAGACCACGUCCAUCGAUCAAAGGCCAAGUCUUGGCAGAUUUUAUGACAGAAGUCCCAGACGACAAAGACAGAGAAUGUAAAGCGAUGGAGAAAGCUGAGAAAAAACAAACUGAAGAGCCAUGGCUACUGUACACAGAUGGUGCAUCCAACGAAGAUGGGGCAGGCGCGGGGCUGAGGCUAGUAAGCCCUGACAAACACGAGUUCACAUACGCCAUACGCCUAGACUUCAAGAGCACAAACAAUGAAGCAGAGUAUGAAGCCUUUCUGGCCGGCUUGCGUUUGGCAAUCAAAAUGGGGGUCCGACACAUCGAAGCACAUGUAGACUCCAUGUUAGUAGCAGGCCAAAUCAACGGCCAGUAUGAAGCCAAGGGCGACAUUAUGGCACUCUAUCUCAACCAAGCGAAGAUGUUGUUACAAACUUUCUAUUCCUACAAGGUACAUCACAUAAACCGCAGCGAAAACAAGCCGGCAGAUGCUUUAAGCAAGCUUGCGUCGACAAGUUUCCAACACCUAGCAAAGGAUGUACGCAUAGAAGUUUUGAGCAACCCAUCUGUGCCACUCAGAGAAGUCAGCGUCAUCCAAACAGGAACCACGUCUUGGAUGACACCCAUAAUCAUGUACUUACAGUCCGGGAUACUUCCAGAGAACAAAGCUGAGGCACGAAAAAUCCAAUACAAAUCAGAACAUUAUCAGAUGGCAGACGGGAUACUGUAUCGAAAGUCAUAUCUCGGCCCGCUGCUAAGAUGUGUUGAUGCCGACGACGCAAAUUAUCUGAUCCGGGAAGUACAUGAAGGCAUUUGUGGUAUCCAUGCCGGGCCGCGAAUGGUAGUGGCAAAAGUAAUGAAUGCCGGAUACUACUGGCCCGGGAUGCACCUCGAUGCCGUGAAAGAGUUGAGAAAAUGCAGUGGCUGCCAGAGGCACGCACCAAAAACCAUGCGCCCCAAAAACGAACUGGUACCAAUAACAACCGCAUGGCCUUUUCAGCAAUGGGGCAUAGACAUGGUGGGCCCCUUCCCAGAAGCUCCGGGGGCAGUUAAGUUCAUCAUAGUCGCGGUCGAUUACUUCACCAAGUGGGUAGAAGCAAAGGCCCUCGCAUCAACCACAUCGGCAGUCGUCAAACGAUUCAUAUGGGAGCAAAUCAUAUGCCGGUUCGGCUUACCCCUCAGAAUCAUCACCGACGACGGAACAAACUUUGCAGCAGAUGAUCUCGAACGAUGGUUCAAAGAACUGAACAUCGAACAUACCUUCUCUUCGGUUGCUCACCCGCAAGGGAACGGUCAAGUCGAAGCAGUCAACAAGAGCAUCGUCGAUGGCAUAAAGAACAAUGCCCAAAACAAGCAACGGAGAAACACCGUUUAG